UACAAUCAUCCACACAGGUUAGCACACCCGGCGUACAUUAGCAGCAACUGCUAUUGUUUACUUUCUCCACCUUCUUCUCAUCAUUCUUUCCCAUUUCUAUUUUUCUGGAAUUACUUUCAAUUUCACCUAAAAUAUUGAUAUUUAGGAAUUUUCAAAAAUCGUGAAUUGCGGGUGUACGAUUUUGAGUUCUUUCUAGUCCGGAUAGUUUGCUCUCUGAGGAUGAAUUGGUAGCUGGAACAGAAAAAAAAGAUUGGGUCUUUGGAAGAUUCGUUAUUUUUAGUUUUAAUAUUCAAAUAUGAUUGUUGGUAGAGAUUUAUUAUAACUGGAAGGGGAAAAUUAGGGCUUUUAGAGCGAGAUUCAAAUAAAUGGGAUUGGUAUUGUGAACCGAUUAUUAGGUUCUAUUUUCAAUUUUUUUUUUGUUUUUUUGUUUUUUAGUAGACAGUCAAAGAUAGUGGGUUUUGUUUAUUAGGGAAUCUAAUUCUAAGAAGGGGAAAUUGGUGACUACAAGUAGAAAAUAGGGUGUUAUUCGGAUCAAAGAAUGGGUAUUUUUAUUUUCGGAGUUUGAUUCUGUUAAAAAAAGAGGUAUUUGGUGGUUUGGAGCUAGAAAUUAAGGUUCUUGAGAGUGGUGUUUUUCUGGGUAUCAUUUGUGGUUGCUCUUGAAUUGUGCUCAAAUGGAUGACACUGAGGAUGAUACAAAGUACCCUACAAACCCGCAUGGUGUGAAUCACCAGCAGGGUUAUGGUUCCUCGAGUCGUCGGAAACUUUCAGUUCGGAAUGCUCCAUAUUCUGGGCCAGUGGGUAAUCACUAUGUUGGUGUGGAUGAUGAUGAGGAUGAAGAAGAUGAAGAAGAAUUGGGAGAGGAGGAGGAAGAGAAUGAUGAUCCAGGUAAUGGUUUUCGUAAUAUGCACAAAGAUUUGGAAGAUGACGAUGAUGAUGAUGAAGAGGAGGAUGACGAUGAUGAUAAGCAGAAGAGUUACGGUAGGAGGAUUGACGAUGUUGAUUUGGAAAGGCACCCGAAGAAGCAGAAGUUGAAGAGUUUGGUUUCUAGUUACGAAUUUGCUCCUCGAGUUCCUGCUGCAGCUGCAGCUUUAGCUCUAGUUCCCUUGCCUCCAAAACCAUCGCUCGGUGGCCGGAAUUCGCAAACUGAUUGGACUGAGCGUGAGACAUUUGUUUUACUAGACGCCUGGGUUGACCGGUUUCUUAAUCGUGGGAGGAAGAGUCUCCGGUCUGAGGAAUGGCAAGAAGUUGCAGAGAAGGUUUCAGAAAUUUCAAAUAUUGAAAGGACGGAUACUCAGUGUAGGAAUCGAUUGGAUACAUUGAAGAAGAAGUACAAAAAGGAGAAGAUGAAGAUGGCGGAAACGGGUGGCAGUGCCACCACUAGCAAAUGGGUCUAUUUUAAGAAGAUGGAUAUGUUGCUGUCGUCACCCUCCCAACCAGCAGCUCUCUCUUGUGGUUUGGACUCAGGGGAGUAUGUAUUCAUGAAUCCUAGGGUUUAUGUGAAUCGUGCAAAUGGUUUGGAAGAAAUGAAGGAUAGUCCUGGGAAUUCAGAAUCUACUGAUGCUGAGGAGGAUGAUUCGGAUGGACUUCCACCCAAAAAGAGGAAGUUUGGAAGGGUCAAUGAUGAGGGAUCUUCCUUUGGAUUGCUUGCUGAUUCCAUUCACAAAUUCAGCGAGAUAUAUGAGAAGAUUGAGAAUAGUAAAAGGCAGCAGAUGGUGGAGCUAGAGAGGAUGAGAAUGGAUUUUCAUAGGGAAUUAGAGAUGCAGAAGAGGCGGAUUCUGGAGAGAGCACGGACUGAGAUUGCGAAAAUACGGCACAGUGACGGUGACGAGGAGGAGAAUGAUGUCUCUGCUGAGAAUGCCAGCGCCUGAUGUAUUGAGACCUAGUUAUCUUUCUGUAAUGUUAAUUACCAUUUUGACUGCUACCUGUUGUUGUAUAGCAGUGGGGGCCUUUUGCCUCUAAUUUUUAUCCUAUGAGGCAGUAAUAUUGCUGGAGAUGUUGUAUUACUUGAUAGUAGAAGAAAUAACAAAAUUAGGUGGAUAAUUACUGUC